AUGGGUAACCAAGAAAAACCAACCAGUUCCAUAGUCAGCAAUAUAGCGGCUAUGCCGACCGAGCUCGCUCAUCAAAUCAUCGAUGACCUGCGAGUAUGGGACGUCCUCAAGUUGCUAUGCUACGAUAAUGAUCGAGUGGACGCCUGCAUCAUGUCCCAUCCAGUCUGCGGCAAUAUGUUCGGUGCUGAUCCGGAAACUCUCGCCAAGUGGAAAUUCGCUGCCCACCUCUACCAAGACAUAUUCAAGGCAGUGGGAAAGGGAUUGGUACAGGAUCAUUGGCGUGGGACGAACUAUCUUGGCACAAAUAUCCACUGUAUCGUGCCUCAGAAGUAUGGAGAGACUUAUAUCUGGGACUAUAUGAAGUACCGCAUUCAUGAUGAGCUCAAUACCCAUUGGUGCAAAACAGACCUGACUCGAUUCGGUGCUCCUGAUUACUCCAACGGCAUGGAGGAUCGAAAUCUCAAGACAAUCCAUUCUUUCGAAGAGCAGAAGAAAUGUUGGGAUGGCAUACAGAAAGCAAAAGCCAAUUUAUUCCAGUUGAGAGCUUCAGAGCUUCGCUGGACCGCUGAUAUGUUGGAAGCAAAUUCGGAUAUCCUAAAGCGCACACUAGACCCGACACAGGAAGUUCGGCCAAAUACUGCACAUAUCGUGUCGAGAUUCCGGCAUUGUGCCGAUGAAAUCGUGCGGGCUCCGGUUGAGAAGUUUGUCUUUUCCGAGCAUUUCGGUUAUGACUUCCUGGCAAUCAUUCCGUUCGACUCGGCCUUGGACCUACUGUUGCACAUGAUGCAAAAGCACGGUCUGAUAGCAGAUGAUCAGGUUGUGGCCAGCAACACAAUCACUCUUACUGAUGGCACUUCACAUCCAUCUUCUAUCAUCAAUUCGGUGCGAACCAUUAUCGAUGGAAUGCCAAGACUUUAUAUCUCGCCUCCGGAGACGACAAAGCAACGAGCGUGGAGGCCUACAGCCAACAAAUAUGGCGAUCUUUUUCGAACGGCAAAUACUCCGUGGUCCGAACCGUUUGGUGGAAAUGAACAGGUAUCAUUAGAGGGGCCCUAUUUCACUGCGCUCAAAUUCGGUGAUAAGAAAGGGUACUGGCGGUCAGAAUCCCUUUAUUGGGAGCCUCACAAUCAGAUAGAGAAAGAAUGGCUCAUCAGCUUUGUCGAGGUCUAUCGGUACCUGAAGAACUUGGAUGGAUAG